CAGGACUACUCAGUGAGUAUGUACUUGAGGCAAUGCUGGCAGGACAAGAGACUGAAGUUCAAUCCGAGGUCAUAUCACAUGAAUGAAGUAAGUAGCGGCAAACUAUCACGCACUUCAAUCUGGGUGCCUGACAUCUUCUUCCGGAACGAAAAGAGGGCAACUUUUCAUGAAGUCACCGUCAAAAAUAGGUUUCUCAAGUUGAACUUCACAGGGUUCGUUUGGUACGUCACAAAAAUAUCUGCCACGUUUUCCUGUCCAAUGAAAUUGUACAAGUACCCCUUCGAUACACAGAUCUGCCCAAUGACCUUCGAGUCAUUUGGCUACCCUACGGACAUCUUGUUCUUCUCCUGGCUUGACGAGCCGGUAACAUUUGACAAGCAGAUCGAACUUCCGCAGUUUAUUUACAGGACCCAUGUCCUACAUGAUUGCGUUCAGAACUAUACUGGAGGAAUAUUCUCCUGCUUGGAGAUAAAGUUCAUCUUGCGACGAGAUGUAGGUUACUUCCUGAUCCAAGUUUACGUGCCUAGUACACUGAUCGUCAUUCUCAGUUGGAUCUCAUUCUGGCUGAACAUCGAUGCCUCGCCUGCCAGGGUCUCCAUAGGGCUCCUCACCGUGCUAACCACGACCACACAGAGCACAGGAAUCAACGCUUCCCUGCCACGUGUCUCCUACAUCAAAGCCAUUGAUGUCUGGAUGUCAGUCUGUUUGGUUUUCGUCUUCAGCGCCCUCCUCGAGUACGCCCUCGUAAACGUCCUUGCCCGGAGGACCGGUGUGAAGAUUCUCCACUCCAUUCCAAGGCCCAUGUUUGGCAGGCCCCCUCCCGCACCAAAGCCCCCGCCUAAGGAAAGCAACGCUGAGAGUCAACUCGACCAGGUGAUGGCUAUUUUUCAAUUUUCAUAUAAUUUAACUUUGGUACGAUUGUUUUGUAUUAUUUCGUAA